CCAAGUCGACCAAGUCACAACCAGAGACGCGACAUGCGCGCCGAGGUGCUUCUCGUGCUGGGAACUGCCGGCGUGGCUGCGUCGGCGGGCGUCAAGCACCCUGCCGUUGGCCUCCAGUGCUUGCAACGUCAGGACUGCGGGUUUCUUCCAGGCCUCGCCUGCAUCAACCAGACGUGUGCGCAUUGUACGACGAACGCGGACUGCGGCAUGUUUCCGACAGACUUGUCGAAGCGUUGCAUCGUUCUGCCGACGACUCGCUCCACCGUGUGCAUCGAGAAGAAUCUGUUUGACCCGUUCACGGCGGCGGACGUGUUUGCGACAUGCAUGGCAUUCCUCAGCGCAGCACUUGGAUCAGGAUGCGGCGUCGGCGGCGGCGGUCUUCUCGUGCCUUUGUACAUUUUGGUAGUGGGACUCAGCCCGAAACACGCGAUUCCACUGUCCAAGGCCACCAUCUUUGGCGGUGCGGCCGCGACCUUCUUCGUCAACUUUCGCAAGCCCCAUCCGCUUCGACCAAAGCGACCCUUGAUCGACUACGCGCUGGCCGCAAUGAUGGAGCCCCCGACGUUGGUCGGGUCCAUCUUUGGCGUCAUGUUCAACAGGAUCUUUCCAUCCUGGCUCAUCUUGAUUCUUCUCAUCACGUUGCUCAGCUACACAUCGUAUCGCACGCUGCAAAAGGGGUACAAGGUGCCAUCUCUCUCUCUCCUUUAUGCACAAACGGACCAUCCCAUGAUGCAGGUCUUCGGCAAGGAACAGCUCGCCUUACACACAGCUACCGCGCCGCCCGCGGACGAGUCGACGUCGUGCUUGAUCCAUAUCGACAAAGUCAAGCGAAAGGUCGAGUGGUGUGCUCGCAAGUGGCUCCUGGUGACGCGGGAGAGCCGCCAACGGCGCGUCCAGCGCCGCGACGACGAAGCCGACUUCAAGUCGCUUCCUCCGUUGGUGCUACCUCCAAACAAAGAAGAGUUUUUUGCAAAGACACGGGCGGCCUUGGCGACUGACGAGUGCACAACGUUCCCGAUGCAAAAUGUGCUGCCGCUUUUCGCGUGCUGGUGCGUUGUGGUUGCGCAAGCGAUCGUGCUGGGCGGCCACGGUGCUCCGAGUUUGCUGGGAAUCCCGUGCGGCACGAUGGCCUACUGGCUGCUCACGUUCGUCCCGCUGGCCAUCCUGCUCCGCAUCAUGGCUUGGAUGGGCCAGCGCUUGCGGCUGCGCAACCGACUCCGCGUGCUGUCGAAAGCUGUCUUUGUCGACGGCGACGUGCAUUGGACGCGUGCCAAGACCCACGUCGUCUUUCCACUCUACUGCGUCGUUGCGGGGAUUGCAGCCGGCCUGCUUGGCAUCGGAGGGGGCAUGGUCAAAGGUCCUGUCAUGCUUGAAAACGGGAUUUUGCCGCCCGUCCAGUCGUCGACAGCUUCGUUUAUGAUCUUGUUCACGUCGUCCGCCACGACGUUGCUGUUUUCGAUCGCUGGCAUGUUUCCAGGCCAACUGCAAUAUGAUUAUGUGCUGUGGUUUGCCACGGUCGGGUGUUGCGGCGGGCUGUUCGGGCAAAAGGUCGUGGGGUACCUGCUGAAGAAGUACCAUCGGACGUCGAUCUUGGUGUUCAUCUUGGCCUUUACGAUUGGGCUCUCGGCCGUGUGCAUGGGAUAUGUCGGCGCGCAAACGGCGUUCCGCGAUUUUGCCAAAGGCGUCGACCUCGGCUUUUCCAGCGUGUGUGCUGCCCCAUAGAGAACGGUUGGGACCGUGUCGACCGAGUAGUUGUCAGAGUGGCGUACUCCAUCCUCACAAAGCUUAUCUUGCUUGGGUUGUGCAGGCACGUCGUGUCCCGAUCGAAUCCUGCUGUGCCGGGGCAAUCACGCAUCCAUCCCUCGUCGAGUGUCGCAGCCUUCGGUUUCUCGAACGGGGUGUGCACAACGAAUCAGGAAC